GCCGCCUCCCUCCUCUCCUCCGGUCGACUCCGCCGGCGAGCUCUCCCCAUCCUCCGGUUAGACAGAGCAACUCUAGAGUAACCAUCCCCCUUCUCCUCUCAGCGAAGCCUCCUCCGCCGUCUCCCCGUGGACCUCUCGCUCGCUCCCGCUGACGAGCCCUAGGCUUCGUUUCCUCGGCAUCUCCUCGUCGCCGCUUCGCCUCCUGCCUCCUCCUCAUCCACCGAUAUCCCCAUCCUAUCCUCGCCCUGCUCCUACUCGCUCGACGUGUGGCACGGCGGCGUACCGGAUCGGCGCUGGGAGCUAAACGCCUAAACCCCACCCCGGCUGCUCCCUACAGGCGCUGCGAAGAUGCCGCAGGUAAUGGUGGUUGCGCGGAACUUCAUGGACAUGGUGGCGGCGCUGCCGGCCGCCAAGCUGGACAUGCUCUACGACUCGGCCUUCAUCUGCGAGGCCGUGCUCAGGUCGCUCCCGCCGCUCGCGAAGAAGUACGCGCUGCAGAUGCUGUACGUGUCGGCGCCGGUGGCCGCUGCGGCCAUGGAGGAGUGGGUGCUCGACGAGUACGCCGCCAAGCACAAGGUUGCCAUUGAUAGGCUGCUCCAACUGAGGGUCUUUGUCGAGGUGCGCGAUCGAAGAAAGGAGGUGAGCUACAAGAUGAAUCAGAAGUUCCAGGGCAACAUGCAAAAGUAUUUGGUUGAUGGUGGCAGUUUACCAAGGGAACCAAUACCAUCGAGCGUCACUGCAAGAUUGCCUACAUUGGCAGAAUUAGAGGCCUAUGCUCUUGAGCAGUGGGAGUGCUUCUUGCUGCAAUUGAUCAACUCAUCUCAAGUUGAGAGAGGGACAAGUUUCAGCUCAUCCAUGAUGAGAACUUUCCAACGAGGUCUUCUGAGUUCAAGAGAUGGUGAAGCUCCAAGAUUAACUGAGAAUGGCUUCCAAUUUCUGCUGAUGGAGACAAAUGCUCAACUUUGGUACAUCAUGAGAGAAUACAUUUCAUCAUCAGAGGAACGUGGUGUGGACCCCACAGAGUUGAUAUCAUUUCUCUUGGAGCUUAGUUUCCAUACACUGGGAGAGGCUUAUAGCUUGAAUACUCUGACCGAUGUCCAAAGAAAUGCUAUUAGGGAUCUGGCAGAGUUGGGGCUGGUCAAACUUCAGCAGGGCCGAAAGGACAGCUGGUUCAUACCAACAAAACUGGCUACAAACCUCUCAGCAAGCUUAUCAGAUUCAUCAUCUAGCAAAGAGGGUUUUGUAGUUGUGGAGACAAACUUCCGGAUGUAUGCGUACUCAACUUCCAAAUUGCAUUGUGAAAUUCUGCGGCUUUUUUCAAGGGUGGAGUAUCAACUUCCAAACCUAAUUGUGGGAUCUAUUACAAAAGAAAGUCUUUAUGGUGCUUUUGAAAAUGGCAUCACUGCUGAACAGAUAAUUUCAUUCCUUCAGCAGAAUGCUCAUCCUCGUGUCGCUGACAAGAUACCUGCAGUCCCAGAGAAUGUAACUGAUCAGAUUAGGUUGUGGGAAACCGAUCGCAACAGGGUUGAGAUGACACUAUCGCAUUUAUAUGAAGAUUUUCCAAGCAAGGAUAUGUUUGAGCAAUGCUGUGAUUAUGCAAGAGAUCAUGGGUGCUUGCUGUGGGAGGAUGCGAAGAAGAUGAGAUUAAUUGUACGAGUGGAGUUCCAUCCUGAAAUGCGUGAGUUCCUCCGGAGGCUAAGAUAAAUCAACUAAAGUUGCGUGAUUGCUUCACCCCAUGUAUAUUUUAUUUGCUCAUUAGGUUGUGUUUUCAUGUCUGCUGCGUUGUAAAAACUUCUCAAUCAUUGCAUUGUCAUUGUCACAAACUGCAGCUGGGUCUGUAAAAUCUCCUAAUUUCAUUAAAAAAGACACCGUCCUUUUUUAUCACAAAAAAGUCAUAUAAUUGCGUCAUAAGAUGAUUGCCAU